AUGCAGAAGAUGUGGUCCCCACGAUCCUGCUGGGCCAUGUGGGCAAUAGCCACGGUGCCCCUCACUGCUACAAUGAAGCUGACGCAGGAGCUGAACACUUCUGCCAUGAAAGCGGAGAGCAUCGUCUCCAGUUACUCCUCUAAGGACUCCUCGCACCGCAUCAAUGCCUCAUGGGGAUUCAUUGGGGAUUUUGUGUCGGAUGUCGCGGACGAAGUUGGUAGCACCGUCGACAUGCUUGUCAGAGCAGGUUUGACUGUCGGAACAGUUACUGCCAACGCCGCCGUGGUGGUCGGGAAUCAGUACAUCAGGAACCCGACGCUGCUCUACCAGGACCUGUCCGGCAGCAUCAAGGACGCUGUGAGAAGCAUGAAGAGCGGGACGUUCCCGGCGAUGCCCGCACCCCUAGAAGACUUUGCCCCGGCUGGGCAGCUUAUAGCACAAACGGGGGUGCGCCUGCGCGGGGUCAUGCUGGAGCACGCGAACAAGAUGGCCGGUGAAGGGCGCAAACUGGGUCUUGAAAUGGGACAUCGCAUGCUUCAAGGAUUGCCAAUAACCGCUCUCAACUGCAUCGUUCAUCACUUCUCACUUUGCGAGCUUCUCAUUGGCCAUGAGUGUGAUUGCAGUCAUGGCAGAAGUUACGUCAGGCUCGGCAACGAUGGCCAAUGGGUGGAAAUGCAGUGUACGUACACCAAAACGUCCGAUUUUACGACCGGCUUCGGGAUCACGGCAUCUGUCGACAGUAAUGGAGACACGGAGUCUGGGGCCCUGCCGGGGACUGCGAGGGAACGGGAGGCCAUCAACGACUUCAAUGAUAUGGUGGACAACAUCAAGAAGUCCAUGAAUGGGCCCGGCGCGAUGCAAAAGCAAUCCCCUCCUGGGUCAUGCGAGGCAGGUCUGGAGGUGGCCAUCGACGGAAUCUCGAAGUUUACACCGGUCUUGUACACGAAAGCAUGGUCGAACGGAGACACACGGUUCGAUGUCCAGGGCACUGUGCUUGUAUCCUACGAGACGAUGGUUUCCGGGCAGGGUAGCUGCAGCUACACGCUCACGAGGGGCGUGCCGAAGAAACCCAUAACAAAGGUGAUCUGUGCCGCACCUUUCUGCAUCUUGAUAUCGCUUCAGAUGGUUGCAACUUUGGUGGGGGAAGGCGUCCUCACCGGAACAAUCCAUAUGCGAAACGAUGCGGAAUUCAGCAUUCGUGCCCACGGAACGGUGAAAGAAGAUGGUUCCUUCAAUGUGUAUGUGGACAAGCCGACCCUUACUAGGAACCAGGACCAGGUUGAGAUGGCGGCGAGCGCAGCGGCAUCCCUAAAAUUGAGCGUGGGGCCGGAACUCGUCGUUUGGCCUAUGCCUGGCAUUCCUCUGACCUUCCACCCGACGCUCAAUGCUGAAGCCAGAGCACAGGGCACGAUCGAACACGCUCCGAGUACGCUGCUUCUCGAGACGUCUGAUCGGGUCUCUCCUCGCUCGAGCCCCAACAGCAGCUUCCUCGAGUCGCAGGAGACCCGUUCUAGCGAGCUCCCUCAAUGUGGCGCAGCCGCGGUGAGCGUCUACUCCGAGUUUGGAAUCGAAGGCUUCGGGCUGCCCAGGGUGCUCAGAGAGCUCCCCGGCUUCAUCAAGGAGAAGCUGAGGGAAGGCAUGGAAAAGGGUGUGGAGGCCUGGAGGCGACAGAAUCAGAUCCACCACCAUUGCUUUCCUGGUGCCGAUUUGCCCAGUGCGCCCUCUAUCGUGGCAGACAUCUUCGGGGCUUUGAUUCCGGGCUGGCCCCUUGGCUUCGACGUCCCCUCGUUUCAGCUGCUGCCACCUCAGAGGCUCUUCUGCAAGCGGGUCUGGGAAACGCCAGCCCACUUCGAGCAGCUCCCCUGCGCAGAAGAGCUUGGGUGCGAGACCGCUGGCCAGGGACCACCAAAGUCGGACGUCGUGGCUGUGCCACCGGAGCAAGUAGAAACGCCGCCGCAAGGACCUGCUCCCAGCGCACAUCAGUGCCAGCAUCUUCCAGUGGUGGGAGAUCGGUUUAUCCAGAUCGGCAAGUUUCGCAUUGCCGCCUUGGACGACGACUAUCUAACAAUCUCGCAUCAGGACGGUCACCAUCCAGUGUCGCUUGUCGUCUCCAAGAACACCGCCGACACUUUCCCUUUUCAUCGCAUCCCUGCAGGUGAUCGUGCGCGGGUCACCAACGCGGGGUCCAUCUGGGACAGGCAACACGUGGCCAAAGAUAUCGAGUUUGGCUUCAAGUACAUCCAGAUUGGAAAGUUCCGCCUCGGCGAUUGGGAAGGGUGGCACUUCUCAAUUGCGCAUGUGGACACGAAGAGGACCUGCGUUCUCUGGAGGGACGAUGGGCACAUGAACUGGGACGUUCAUUUCAACAACGUCCUGGACCGCUUCGUGGGUGCUCCGGCGGGCAUCAGCAUUGGAUGGAAGUUCCUGCAGAUUGGUAACUUCCGUUUCGGUGAGUCGGGCGAUCAUCUGGCGUUGCAGUUCGGGCGCUAUCGAGAUAACGGAGACUGGCAGCGGCGCACUCUUCAGAGCUUCCAUUCUCUCGGUGGCUCUUCGCGGGACCGGCCCUGGGAUUAUCUCUCCGUGUUUAAUCGUCCGGCGGCCGAGUGGCCAUGCAAGAACAUCGGCAAGCUUGCCUAUGGAGAGUGCAAGAUGUUCGGAUCCUGGGGAGACCGCUUCCUCCAGCUCGGCAACUGGCGCCUGGCGGCUCUGGAUGCGGACCACUUCAGCAUCUCCCACAAGGAUGGCCAGAACGCAAUCUACAAGAGCAAUGGCCACUUCUACUGGAAGCGCACGAGCGACAGAGCCUGGCGCAGGCCCCUCGGCUUUCCCCAUGGCAUCGUCUUCGGGUCGAAGUUCGUCCAGAUUGGUCAGUGGCGCCUGGCCGCAAUGGAUGACGACCACAUGAGCAUUUCCCACCAGAAUGGCUUGACCAACCGGCUCUUCGUGGCAAUCGAUGGGGCCAUCAUCGAUCGGCCUGGUGCAACAGGAAAGGACUGGAAUGCCUGGCGCAACGAGGACCUCGCGAGUAAAGCCUUAAGUGCCGGCAUCUCCGGUGUGGGCUACGGGGACAGAUUCCUGCAAAUCGGCCACUUCCGCCUCGGAGUGGGGGAGUUUGAUGAUCUGCUCGUCAGCCACAAAAACCCGACCACUGGCUUCCCACGAACUUUCCAAGUGUACCAAAAGAGCGGAGACGUCCUCGGCCAGCAACCGGAGGAGUCGCACCAUAACCAUGUGCACCUGGUCGAUCGUCAUGCACAGUGGCAUUGUGGCAACAUCCAGAGCAUUCUCGGCUCAUGCCCUGGCAUCACCGCAGGCAACGGCUUCAUACAGUUGGGCUCUUGGCGGCUGGCAGCGAUUGACUCCUGGGAGUUCUCGAUCUCCCACCUAGAGCUGACGCCCAUCAUGAGCUUCACCUCCGAUGGGCGUAUGCACCGCCAUAGCGGAACAACCAGCUGGGAUCGUGAAGCCAGGUACGUGGCCCCCGGGGAGUUGGGGGAGGUCACGCUGGGUGAUCGCUACAUCCAGUUUGGUAAAUACUGGCGCAUCGGCCAAGCGACUGAUAACGACUUCUCCAUCUCUCAUGUCGAUGGCAAGGUUCCGGUGGUCUUCCAUAAAGAUGGAGUGACAUAUCCCCACGAGCACAGCGGCUUCGACUAUGCCCGCUACAAUCUUUGGAACCCCCCCCACGAACCUUCCCGCCGCCACGUCGGUGAACCUUCAGGCAUCGGGUUUGGUGAUGGCUUCGUUCAGAUCGGCGACUUCCGAAUUGGAGAUGUUGAUCAUGCGCGCCUGUCUGUCGCAAAUGCGAAGACUCGGAGGACGAGCGAGACCUUUAAAAAAGAUGGACAUACGGCGGACAGCGGCUCAACAGAAUGGACAACCCUGGGGCGGCCGUUCCAUGAUUGCCAGGUCAUCCCCUACAAGGAUCGGAACUUCACGACGUCGCCCGUCGCCUUCUACAACCCAUUACAUGGGCGCUGGCUACAAAUGAACAAAGGGAGCACCGACAUGAGCGCCAGUGCUGACCAGAGGGCACACGGUGGGCCUUUCUCGUUGCGGCUUCACUGGACCUAUGAGCGCUUCGCGGUUGUCGACGUCGGCAACGGGGAGAUCGGACUUCACAACACCCUCAGCAACCGCUUCGUGAAGAUGGAAGGGUCGGAGAUGAUGGUCAGCUCGGUCAAGGACGUGGACGACUUUGAGGCGUAUUGGGAUCUGGAGCGCUUUCGCAUCGUCGAUGGGGGAGACGGAAUGGUGGCGCUCUACCACCCGCGCAACAAUCGUUUCGUCACCAUGCAGGCGGACGGACACGUCAGACCAAGCGGCAUCCCGCCCGACGGGGCAAACCUGCCUGGCGAUUGGUCAUGGGAGCGCUUUUACAUGAUGCCCGUGAGAAAUUUUCUCGAACCCGACACGCUUGUGGCCCUGUACAGCGAUGCUCACGGCCGCUUCCUCCGCAUGUAUGACCAUGGGGGUCACUGCGACAUGGACAGCAGCGCAUCUGGACCAAGCCUCCCCGACGCUUGGACGUUGGAGCGGUUCAGAGUGGUGGAUGCAGGCAAUGGCAUGGUUGCGCUGCACAGCCACGCCUACAAUAAGUACGUGCUGAUGGACGACCACUUUAACGUUGGUUGCAGUGCUCACUCCCCGACCGGAAGCAGCGAACUCCCCAACCACUGGGGCUGGGAGGCUUUUGUCCCUGUUCCCAUGGCCUUUCAUGCGCACCAUCUUGAGAUCGCCCUGUGGCAUGCUACUCACCACCGAGCCAUCCGGAUGAAUCACCACAUCGUCGACGCGAGCCCGUACGCAGCCCUCCAGGACCUGGCCAUGAACACGGUCAUGCCCUGGGAGAAGUUUCGGGUCGUCCUGCUGGCAGACCCCAUGACCUAA